UUUAAUUCUAGUUUUCUAUAUGGAUUCAAGCUACCUUCUAAAUCAUGCAGCCCUUUCCUCCUAUCUUGGAAAAGAAGAUUCUAGCAUCAUCGAUUUGGGGCUGAGCUUGCGCAUUGUGCAGCCCGAUCCUGCUUGCUACUCUCAGCAUUCCCAUGAGAAUUACGAGAUGUUGGUGGAGUGGCCGAAAAAGAGUGAGGAUUUGCAGUCAAAGGAAAAUUGUGAGGAGGAAUGUGAAGGGAUUGAAAGCAAACAGAGAUGGAGUUAUGUGAAGGUUAAUAUGGAUGGAGUGGUGGUUGGGAGGAAAGUUUGCCUUCUCCACAACAUGGACUAUUUUACCCUCGCCCUUCAACUCGAAGACAUGUUUGGGAAACAAUCCAUGUCUGGAUUGAGGCUGUUUCAAUCAGACUCGCCGUUUUCGUUGUUUUAUAAGGAUAAAAAUGAGCAGUGGAGGAAGGUUGGAGAUGUUCCAUGGAAGGAGUUCGUGGAGGGGGUGAAGAGGCUGAGAAUUGCAUGCAAGGAUGAAACAACUCGCCUUUCUUCUUCUUCAUCUUCAUCUCCAUUCUUCAACACUCUCUGACUUGAUUAAACUAUGCUGUAAUAUUCACUAAAGUGCUGUACUACUAAUUAUCUAAUGCCAACUCUUGCCAUUGAUGACUAUGGAGUUUAGAUUUA